UGUGCUAGUCUAUCAGAUCAAGCUCAAGUGGAAACACACACUUGGUGAAUCAUGGAAUAUUUUGUAGUGUUCCUGUUGCUUGCAUUGAUGUCAAUCAUUCCCAUGUCUGCCUUUUGGCGGAGCAGAAGAAUAUGUCGAUGGGGAGCAAGGUGUAACCCAGGGUCUGGAGGCGGAGACAAUCCUGGCCUUGAGUCAAGCAGUACCACUUUCGUUGAGAGUGUAACGGAAAGACAAUCAGACUCAAAAUCUUCAAAAUUCAAGGAAGAGUCCAUUCACGUUGCCCCGAUAAGGAGCGCUAGUCAAUCCCUGUUGCCGGAAUCGUCGUUUGUAACCUCACAUCAGGAUACAUCAGCAGCGGAUUCAGGAUCUGGAGCUAGCGACAGUCCUGGUCUUGGGCCAAGUUCCCCUUUCCUUGGGAGUGUAACGGAAAGGAAUUCACACUUAAAGUCUUCUUCAGAAUUCAUAGAAAAUUCUGUUCAUGGGGUCCCUAAAAAGAGCAAGUUGCCAGAAUCGUCGACUACUCACCGCGAAACAUCAAUCUACAAGAAACAGUCAACAACUCCGAUCUCAGAAGCUCCAUUUGAGACAUUGUCUCAAUCUGAUGUCCUAGUAGAUCCUGAAAAAACAUUUCAAACUGAUACAUUGGAAUAUAUCGAUCACUCACUGUCACCAAGCCCCGAGUAUAUACUUAUGGAUAAAACGUAUGUGCAUGCUCAAGCAUAUAGAUCAAGCUUAUUUCCUCUGAUCCAGACAUCUCAUGACAUGUCAGUAGGGGAUGCUGACACCAUGACACCCGGGUCCAUGUCAUCCUCUCAGUUCAGCAUGACAGUAUCCGCUACAAAACCCGACAAUACGUGUAUCCCCAUCACCUCACCCCAAUACCACACGGCUGUGUCAUCUUCAAAUCCUCAGAUGGCUGCAUCUUCAAUACAACAAAACAAUCUAUCGGCUGUGGACACAACAACGCCAAGAAACCCAUUCCCAGUGAGAGUGGUAAAGGAGGUUUGCAAAUGUUUCUGUAGGAAUCUGAAGCGUCUUCAUGCGAUCACUCCAGAAGCAGUUGGUGCCAUCAAGAAGCACAUCCGGAGAGAACUACAGGUGGACAAGACCAAUCUCUCCAGCCUGAUUCAGAAGAAGGUCAGCAGGCCUGAUGCCCGACCCUCUGCUUCAGCAGCUGGCUACCUGGGCCUGGUGCUCCUGUGUCUCCCUUUCCUCCUCAUCGUCUUCGCCGACGCAAUGACGGUGACCACAGCGUUGUUCUCUACCACCAGAACUGUACCUCCGUAGUGACGUCCCGAGCCCCAGCCCGGGGUUGGUACUUUAGCCGGUGUUCUUCUUACUUUCAGACAUUCACUUUUUGCCCCUCUACGUAAUUAAAACCAUGUUUAGAUAUGAAAUUGUCAACCUCUUCAGUUGUGUUAUGAUGCCUAACGUUCUGUGUACGCUGUCUCCCAAUCAUCUGAUGCUGUUCUGGUUAUCGUGCUUUCUUUCUCAGCAAACAAAAUUCUUCGUCGCGCUUGGAAACGUGAAUUUGGUGAAUUUAUGUGAAAAAGUAGAAUUGCAAUCUAUAGACAUCUAUUUUGUCUUUGAUUCCUUACAUAAAUGUCCUUUUCAAAUUAUAAUCCAUCAUACGUUACCACAAUUGCAUUAUCAUUUAUCUACAUGAAGUAAGUUUUUUAAUGUUGCAAUACGUAAAUACAAACACAUUUAUGCUAUACUUAACUUUAACAUGUAGUGGUGGGUUAGGUGGGGUACAAUGAUGCACAAUCAAAUUAGCCUGAACAUCCAAUCUGUUAUGUUUGUUUGUUGUUUAACGCCGCACUCAGCAAUAUUCCAGCUAUAUGACGGCGGUCUGUAAAUAAUUGAGUCUGUACCAGACAA